AAACCUUAGUGUCGUGUGACCGGUAACUGGUCCAAGUGGCUGGUACCGGGUGGGCGCCUUAAACUAUCCGGUUAACGCCUUACUUUAUUAUUAUCAUUUUGAAUCAACAACCCAAUUACAUACCUUUACUUAAUGUACUGCGGCGUCUGCAUUUUCUCUUUAUUUUUGUAUUAUUAUUAUUAUCAUUAUCAUUGAUUGCUGGCUGAAUAACUAAUAAGGAAGUGAUAUUUUCCCACGAAUGGAUUUUGGAGCAUUUUAACGCGCACUAUGGUUAGUAAAGACACGGAGGAUGCCAGUGAGACGGACCUGGCCAAGCACGACGAUGAGGACUAUGUGGAAAUAAAGGAGCAGAUGUACCAAGAAAAAUUGGCAUCUCUGAAAAGACAACUGCAGCAGCUCCAGGAAGGCACGCUGCAGGAGUACCAGAAGAGGAUGAAAAAGCUGGAUCAGCAAUACAAGGAGCGGCUUCGAAAUGCAGAUCUUUUUUUCCAGCUCGAGACUGAUCAGGUGGAGCGGAAUUACAUCAAAGAGAAGAAGGCCGCAGUCAAGGAGUUUGACGAUAAGAAGGUGGAGCUGAAGGAGAACCUAAUCGCCGAGCUGGAAGAAAAAAAGAAGAUGAUCGAAAACGAGAAGUUGACCAUGGAGCUGACUGGAGAUUCCAUGGAAGUGAAGCCAAUCAUGACCAGAAAGCUAAGGAGAAGACCCAAUGACCCAGUUCCAAUCCCAGACAAAAGGCGCAAGCCAGCUCCAGCUCAGUUAAACUACCUGCUCACAGAGGAGCAGAUAAUGGAGGACCUUCGCAUGCUCAACAAGCUGAAAUCGCCCAAGCGUCCAGAUGCUUCAGGCUCACAGCUCAUCAAAGGGCAUGGUAAAGUGAAGUGCCCAGGGGUGACUAGCAGGCCGGCACUGCUCCAUGGGCCUACAGAGAGCCUGCUGGGGCUCGCAAAGCUAACUUCUGCUCGGAUGCGCCUCCUUGCACCAGCUUCGCCCUCGUCCCCAGAGCACCUUCCCAGCACACCGCUGGAGACGCCAUCCCAACGAUAUGAAGCCCGGAUAGAGGAGGGAAAGCUCUACUAUGACAAAAGAUGGUACCAUAAGAGCCAGGCUAUCUACCUGGAGUCCAAGGAGAAUGCCAAGAUAAGCUGUGUCAUCAGUUCGGUGGGAACGAAUGAGAUCUGGGUGAGGAAGACGAGCGACAGCACCAAGAUGAGGAUCUACCUGGGCCAGCUGCAGCGUGGCGCCUUCAUCAUCCGCCGGCGGUCGGCCGCUUAAGACUUCCAUCCCCAUCGCUGUCCCCCUCGGCCCGAGGAGCCCCCGUCAGAGUACAUCAGUACGGCCUGCUUUACACACCCUCUCCCCCCUGCAGCUGUGAACUUGGCCUUGCCUCUGCUCCUUGCCUCCUGUCCCAUCGGUCAUGCUGACUCGUCGUCUCCCUCCGCAGGAUGGGAAUAGGAAUCAUGAAGUCGCUCACUAUGAAUUUGCAGCUGUGGAUUACUAUGGUUACAGAUGCUGACAUCUGUCACUUACGAUCAAUUUUUUAAAAAUCUUGUCUUGUGUCUUUUUUUUUUUUUAUUAUUAUUAUUUAUCCUGUGAGAAAACAUUUACUUUUGCCAGCCAUAGUAUUAAAUAGCAGGUAUUAUGUAGUUUUCUGACAUUUGAAUUUACUUCUAAAAAGUUUUAAUUUUGGCUGGGGAAAAUAAAAUGACUUUGGUGGAAGGGU